UGUAAUUCUGAUAUAAUCUGCAAUACACAACACAACUUUUUUCCAGAAGUAUUGAGUUUGGACAUCUGGAAAUGGGGACUUCAGUCGCACCCAGAGUCGAGAGCUUGGCAAGCAGCGGGAUUCAAUCAAUCCCAAAGGAGUAUAUUAGACCUCAGGAAGAGCUUGCAAGCAUAGGUAACGUAUUUGAAGAAGAGAAAAAAGAGGAAGGGCCUCAGGUUCCCACCAUCGAUUUAAAGGAGAUCGAUUCAGACGACAAGGAGGCGCACGAGAGAUGUCGGCUUGAGUUGAAGAAAGCUGCGACGGAGUGGGGAGUGAUGCACCUCGUCAACCAUGGAAUCUCCGAUGACCUCAUGGAUCGUGUCAGGAAAGCUGGGCAGAAAUUCUUCGAACUUCCCAUCGAGGAGAAAGAGAAGUAUGCCAACGACCAGGGUUCAGGGAAGAUUCAGGGCUACGGCAGCAAGCUUGCUAACAAUGCUAGUGGGCAGCUUGAAUGGGAAGAUUACUUUUUCCAUCUUGUUUUUCCUGAGGACAAAAGAGACUUGUCCAUCUGGCCUAAAACCCCAAACGACUACACUGAAGUUACGAGUGAGUAUGCAAGGCAACUGAGAGGGCUAGCCAGCAAAAUUCUUUCGGCACUAUCACUCUGCUUGGGAUUGGAAGAAGGAAGGUUAGAGAAGGAAGUUGGUGGGUUGGAAGAGCUUCUUCUUCAAAUGAAGAUCAAUUACUACCCCAAAUGCCCUCAACCGGAACUCGCUCUCGGUGUCGAAGCUCACACGGAUGUAAGUGCACUCACUUUCAUCCUCCACAACAUGGUUCCUGGCCUGCAACUGUUUUACCAAGGCAAUUGGGUGACUGCUAAAUGUGUUCCAAACUCCAUCAUCGUGCACAUUGGAGACACCAUCGAGAUCCUCAGCAACGGCAAGUUCAAGAGCAUUCUCCAUAGGGGUCUGGUAAAUAAGGAGAAGGUUAGGAUCUCAUGGGCAGUUUUCUGUGAACCGCCAAAGGAUAAGAUCAUCCUCAAGCCACUCCCGGAGACACUGUCCGAGACGGAGCCUCCAUUGUUCCCUCCUCGUACCUUUGCUCAGCAUAUCGAGCACAAGCUGUUCAGGAAGACACAGGAUGAUCUGUCUAACUGAGACCAGUGUUUUCAGUUUACAUUAUCUGAAUUCUGCUGAUGGCUAUAUUAACUGUCUUGGUUUGUGGUGUGUUGUUUUUUCAUUGCUGCUUUAUUUGAAUAAUGGGAACUGAUUUGCUUCUUUAUGUUAA